AUGGUGAUCAAGAAGGCUUCAGAACAUCCUGUUUUCCUGAGCAGCACCAUACAAAUAUCUGCCUCCCGAGCUCUACUACUGAUCACAUGCCUUCUGCUAUUCGAUAUCAGCAGAUUAGCUUCUGCGGGAAUGAAGCACCCGAGAUGUCCGUCUUUCUCCUGUGGACCUCUGCGCGACAUCGGUUAUCCGUUCCGCUCGGAGGGCGACCCCCCUGAAUGCGGCGAACCUCGAUACCAGCUUGCCUGCGUGGAUGGUAACAAGACUAUCUGGGAUAUCCACCAACCUGGGACGUACUACUACGUUACCGAGAUCCCGAAUAUUAACCCACAUUCCUUCUAUUCCUUCCUAGAUAGCAAUUUCACAGUCGUCGAUGCCAACUUGGCUAACGGCAGCUGCAGUCUUCCCUUGCAGUCUCUUUCCCGCACCAGCAUCGAGAACUUGGGAUUCGUAGAUUUCGAGUUUACGUGGGCUACUUUCGUGAGCUGUAGGAGGAAGAUAGUAAACAGCACAUAUAACCAUGUUCCUUGUUUGAGCAAGACCGAUGCAUUUGUGUAUGUUAUAUUUUCAUGGAGGGCGCUUCGGCUGGAGGAUACGGAGCGUUUCUGUAGCUUCUUAGCUAUGACUCCGAUUACAUUGGAUCCAGCUGAACGAAUGCAGCUGAUGAAUGGAAACAUGAUCUCGCUGGAGCAUCCCACAACAGAAUACGUCUUCCAGCUCCUGAAGCGCGGAUUUCCGGUUCCAAUUUAUGCACGUACCUCUCGUGAUUGCGUAAAAGAAGUUCAACGCUUUUGGAAGAAUACAUACGGAGUUGGGAUUCUCUCUUUGAGACUCUCCUCUGCUGUAAGUGGAUUGGAGUUUACAGCAUGUUUGGGGGCCAACGUUGAUCCAUAUCGCCUUUUAGAUCCCGUGCCGGCAUUAGAAUAUGUUGGACAAAUUUAUAUUGUACUAACUUUGAUAGUUCUCUCAAUUCUCGGCAGAUUUGUUAUUGCGCCAUUGGCAAUAUUCCUCUUCCUGGCGCACAAGUUGUGGAGAGAGAAGAAAUCAGUGGACGCCGUCGAGAAGUUCCUUCGAAACCAGAGGGCGCUCGCACCGACAAGGUAUGCAUAUACCGACCUCAUUGCGAUCACCGGCCACUUCAGAGAAAAGCUCGGCCAAGGAGGAUACGGUUCCGUAUUCAAAGGUGUUUUCCCCGGCGGCGUUCUUGUAGCAGUGAAGAUGUUGUUAAGCAAUCCUAGAUGCAAUGGGGAAGAGUUCAUCAACGAGGUCUCUACCAUCGGUAGGAUCCACCAUGUCAACGUGAUAAAGCUCGUCGGGUUUUGCUCCGAGGGAUCGAAGAGGGCCCUCGUCUAUGAGUACAUGCCUCACGGAUCACUCGACAAGCAUAUCUUCGCUUCCAAUGGAGUCGCUGGUCGGCGAACAUUCACGUGGGACAAACUCAAUGACAUAGCUUUGGGAAUCGCCCGUGGCAUCAACUACUUGCACCAGGGAUGCGAUAAGAGAAUUUUGCACUUCGACAUCAAGCCACAGAAUAUCCUCUUAGACCAUAACUUCACUCCGAAGGUUGCGGAUUUCGGACUAGCAAAAUUAUACCCAAAGGACACAAGUCUCGUAUCGAUGAGUACUACUAGAGGAACAACAGGAUACAUCGCACCUGAAUUGAUUUCGAGGAGCUUCGGUGUUAUAUCUCACAAGUCUGACGUCUACAGCUUCGGAAUGCUACUGAUGGAGAUGGCGGGAGGAAGAAGAAAUGCUGACCCUCGAGCGGAGAAUUCAAGCCANAGGGAGAAUUCAAGCCAGUUUUAUUAUCCUUCGCGGAUAUAUGACCGGCUAACUCAACCAGAAAUGCUUGAAAUCAACUGCUCUUUCGAAAUCACGGUGAUGAAGAGAAAGCUGUGCAUCAUUGGCUUGUGGUGUAUUCAGCUGAUCCCGUCAGAUCGCCCCGCCAUGAGUGAAGUUGUGGAGAUGCUCGAAGCAGACGUCAAUAGCCUUGAAAUGCCACUGAAGCCAUUCUUCUCGUCAGAAGAGCCAAUUUCUGUAAGACAGUCAAGCUUUGAUUCUUCUUCUCAACUCCCUAACAUUUCCGAGCAAGAGUAACAAACAAUCAGAUGGAAAUUUACUUGGU